AGGGUAUAAUUGUCAAUGUCCCUAAUUGAUUCGAUCCACUUCAGCUUGAAGACUAACCACAUCUGCAAAGAGUUAAAAAUAAAUCCAAGAGAAAACGGAGAGGAGAGAUUGAGAAGCCUUCAGAUCUGCCAGUCGAAUUAGGGUUUCAGUAGGCAAUGUCUUCUCCCUUUUAUUCUCCGACAAAUAUGCAACAAGACAUCGGCCAAUCUCCUCCUGGGUUUGAUAAUGAACAAGUUCCAGUCAGUACCUACCAAGACACCGAACCUGUCCCGCUCUCAACUUAUCACGAAAACGAACCUAACCAACCCCAAGCCACUCAGCAAGAGCUUGACGACUUCUGGGAAAACGGUUUCAACAGGGAAGAAGCCAUCCAAGAUCCAGAGCCCUCCUCUCAGGCCACCAAAGAAAACGGGAAGAGAAGCGUAGACAACAGCUCUUUCACUCCAGGUGAAACCGAUCUCAACCAGCUCCCAGCGAUCCCGCCUGUUUCGACCGGUCAAGGUCCUCCCUACGCCCCUGUCGAUUGGCCAAGCCCUGGUGAUGUUUGGACUUGGAGAGUCGGGAGGAGAGUGACUGCUCUUGGGUUUCAUCAGGAUAGGUUCUUGAUUCUCCCUCAGAGGCUUCAGCAGAAGAAUGUCCCAAAGUCUUUUGCGAGCAAACCGGCUCUUGCUCGUUAUGUCCAGAUGAGUUUCCCUGAGAUGGAUGCUGAUGCGUUCUUCGCUUCGUUUAGUUGGAAGAUCCCUGCUCUCUUUCAGCCUGCUGACAAAGUUGAUGCUGCGUCUCUCUUUGAGGAGACAACACCAAAGGAAGUAAAGACCGAAGGAGGAGGAGGAGGAGCUUCAAACGAUGAGAAUGUUAAAGAAGGAAACUCAAGAUACAGCCAGAGGAAGAGGAACCCAAUGCCUACGUUUGAUCCCGUCGUGGAGAAACCUAAAGCCAUCAAGAAGAAGAAAGGAGGAAAGACUCCUGGACCUCAAUCCUCGACCAAACCGAAACCACCGUCUCGGCAAUCUUCGAGACGCUCUUCGAACCAGCAGAGCGGUGGUGCUGUGGAGCUGAACCUCCAGAACGAGGAGGAAGGUGGUGGACCUGCUGCUGCUGCUACUGCACCAAACACUAGUGGCAGGAGAAAGAAACGCAGAGUUAACGUUGAGGAGGAAGAUGUUGCGAUUCCACACAUCUACGUCUCUCCAAUGAACGGUGUUCUCGCUGUCUCUCACGAGCCUAUAGAUGUUGACCCGAUAGAGUUCGACAGCUACCUGAACUCUCUUGAAAACCUUCUCCACCAGGGUCCAGGAGGAGAUGAUGCUGGGACUGGGAGAGAGUCUUCCUCUGUUCUUGUAAGGGCAAGCUCUCCAAUGAGAGAGUAUGAGUGGGCUGAAGCUCGUAUGAAGAUCUCUUCUCUUCUUGAGAAAGACUUCCCUACUCUGUUCGUCUCCAAGGAAGCUGCAGAGAUAGCUGCGUUAGCAACUAAGCUGAGGAAAGAUCCAAACCUUUCCGCUGAGGAGAUAGUGAGACUGAAGCUCAUGGAAGAGAUUCCUACCUUCAGUGAAGUGUUUCAAGAGAACAAAGCUGUGAUCGAAGAAGCAGACAAGUUCUUCUCUGCCUUGGAGCUCAACAAAGCCAAAGUAGCCUCGCUUAAGUACGAGUACAGCGACUUGAAGCACAAGCUAGGGAGUAUCCAGAUGGAAGUAGAUGAGAACUCUGAGGCGAUCCGUCAGAUUGAUGAGCAGAUAGCUCAGCUUCAAGCGAGGAGGACUGAGCUGAAGAAGCACAUUGGUAGCAAGGAGAAAGAGAGGGUUGAUCUGAGCUACGGACAGAAGAUGGUGGCGAACUCGAUUCCUAAAGUGGUGCAGGAAGUUCAAGCAGCUAACUCGAAGAAGCCAGAGUGGGAAUGCAAGAAAGAGAAUGCUCUGAAGCGUGAGGAAGAGAUCCUCUCUAAGUUCACUCCUCUCAAAGGCUUCUUCCUCUAAACGAAAUCAAAAUCUGGCUCCUUGUGAUAUCUUAACCUUUUAGCCUGUCUUGGUUGUAUUAUUAAUUAUGUAGCGGCUUUUUUUUUUCUUUUUGUGGGGUUUAUGCUGCAGACUUCUAAAACCUUUCCUAGGCUUGGGGUUUUUAUCUUAUGUAUGCUUUUUUUUGUUGGAUGUACUUUGGAAGCUUUUGUUAGUCGUUACUUAGCGACAACUAUUGCUCUUUUGGUUGGAGCCAGGUUCGUCUU